UAGCAGAAAUUUUAUUAUUUUUUGGGGAGGGAGGAAUUAUUCACUUUAAAAGAAAUCUUGAUACACCUUUAUCUCUUUUUAGAUUACGCACUAAUUGAGCCUCAAUUACGUGUUCAAAUCUCAUUUUUUAUAUUAUUUGCUUCUUUAAAUGGAUAUAUGGAAUUGUACAAAUUCGUUUGUCUUGUAAAGAAGCAUUCUCAUCCGCCAAAGUGAUAAUUGGAGUAGAGAAGAAAGGGAAGCUAUAUUCUCUUGAAAUACAUGGCGUUUAUCCUAUUUCUUACAGCGAGGAAGUUGCCUCGCGAUCUGACCGGCGAACGUAAGAAAUGCUUUGUUGUGCGGUAAAUUUUGAUUCCCCUUCAUUUAGGGAAUGAAAAGCCCAAGUUUAUCAGAGUACUGCUUUUAAGAUAACAUAAAGUAUAUUAUUUUACCGAAAAAUUUCACAAUACGGCUGAAUGGCGUAGUUGAUAACCGCAUGCUCCUUUAUGAUUUUUUUACCAUAUUUUUCCACGGCUUUAACAUCAAAAAUUGGGCAAUGAAAGCUUCUUCUAGCGCAUCCUUAAUCGGUAUUUUUACAACGAAUCCUUUGACCUUUUUUGACAAAUUAAAAGCAAUCAUGCGAUAAAAUCCCAUGCUAUAUAGGCUAGGGAGUCAAUCUGCUCCUUCAAAAAAAUAUAUCAAAAGUUAGCUGUUUUAGAAUCAUAAAUAAAGUGAAAAAAUCAUUUGCACCCUUUUGAGACUAAUAUAUAUUUAUAUACACGGCUCAUGAUCACUUUUCCCAUCCAACCUUAUUAUUUCCCGCAGUUCCAUUUGACCUCUAUUUUAUUUAUUUUUGCUAUCCACUUCAAGAAAUUAAAUAAAACGAACGAAACCAAACUAUACCACUCCUUAAUUGAAGUGUGGAUUGGCGUAUAUUCCCUCACACCGUACGGGUGAAGCGGGUUGGGGUAUAGUCUUUGAGAGGGAGGGGGAUAGUACCCAAAGGAGGUGUGUGGCGCAGUAUUGGACAAGGUCUCUCCUUCUCUUUUUCUUUACUUCUACACCCCCCCCCACAAAAAAAAAAAAGAUAACAGAUAUUAUAUUACACACACAUAAUGAAGCUAACCCGGCGGUUUCUUUCCACGGACACGGUCUUUGGCAUUUCCACGGCGGAGAUCGCCAAAUUCCGCUCUUUGCGGGAUCACUGGUGGGACCCCGACGGCCCCCUCCGCUCCCUCCACCUCUUCAACCUCACCCGAAUUUCCUACAUCGCAGAGGCCGUCCGGCAGUUCAAGCGCGAUUCCCAGGCUACCUCAACCACCAAUAGUGAACCGCAUACCAGCAAUACGAAUGGAAAGACUAGUGGUUGGAAUUGGAAGGGGGGGGAUGAGAAAAUGAUUUUAUUGCGGAGGGAAAAUCGGGUGCUGGACGUGGGGUGCGGGGGAGGGAUUUUGUCCGAGGGCCUCGCGCGGGUGGGGGCGACGGUGCUCGGCAUCGACGCCUGCGCGGAGAGCCUCGAGGUGGCGAACGCGCACCUCGAGGAGUGGCAGCGAGAGGAGGAGGAUAAAGGGGAAGACGAAAAAAACGAAGAAGGCGAAGGGCAUUGGACGAAGCGGCUUUCCUACAAAUCCGUCUCGCUCUUCGACUUAGCUCAGGAGCAUCGUGGCGGCUAUGAUGUCGUCAUCGCUAGCGAAGUGAUCGAGCACGUCGAGGACGCGCGGCGUUUUCUCCAGGCGCUUUGUGAGGUGACCGCUCCGGGCGGGCUGUUGAUUUUGACAACGAUCGACAAAAGUUUGCGCGCGGCCUUCGGCCAACUACUCCUCGCGGAGCACCUCACAGGGAUUGUCAAUCCGGGAACGCACGACUGGCGGAAGUUCGUGCCGCCGGCGGAUCUCACCGCGUAUGCGGCACGUUUUGGCAUGCAGAAUGUCGAUUUGCGGUAUAUUUUUACCUACCCAGAUCUCUUUCCCUCACUCGCCUCUGGGAAACUACAGGUGAACUUCAAACUCACCAGGUCAUUUGAUACAGGGCAUUACUUCUGGACGGGGCUGAAGAACGAGAACUUUGCAGAAGAACAGCAACCCUCCUCCGAGUAUCCGAAUGAGGGCGAAAAGGAAACAAAUUAA